AUGGUCAAUCAAAGUGUGCCAGCUGGCACCGCUGCUGCUGCAAGAUUAUUCAGCGCAGAGAGCAGCGUAGAUAGCGGCUCAGCGGGUCAGCAGCUGAUCGCGUCGCUAUUGGUCGAGCGGCUGCCUGUCGUCAUCCCGAAGCCUCCCGAAUGGGCUCUUAAAUACGAGACGUUUAGCUUCGAGCGGAAACAGCAAUACCGCAAGCAGUAUCCUAAAGACUUUCUAGACGCGGCCUCUUCGACCAAUGCAGUCCCCCCAAACACGCCAUAUCCCGUUGCCCCGUUCCCAACCUCCCCCGCCCCCCCCCUCCCCGUGCACACCCCCCUCUCCUCCGCGCGCACACCCCUCUUCCCCUCCGUGCGCACACUCCUCCGCGCACGCACCCCUCUUCCCCUCCGUGCGCACACUCCUCCGCGCACGCACCCCUCUUCCCCUCCGCGCGCACACUCCGCCACGCGCGCAGCAAGCGCUGAGGGGGAAGGCGAGGAGGAGGACGAGUACUGGGCGGGAGUCCUCGAGGCGCCGUUUGACGCGCCGUCCAGACGAACCGCUGCUGACGAGGCCAAUGACGUCAGGUCCCUGCAGCGCGCACUGGACAAGCGCCUGUACCUGCUGCUCAAGGGGCCCUCGCUUGCCGGCCAAUCAGGCAGCGACACAUGGCACUUCCCCGAGAAGCUUUACGAAGGCGAAGAUUCCAUGCGCCAGUGUGCAGAGAGGGCAGCAGCAGCAUCCCUCGGUUCCUCCCUCGACCUCUACUUUGUUGGCAAUGCUCCCUGCGCGCAUGCUCCCAUGGCUGCAGCCACGGCAUUCUUCUUCCGAGCCCAUGUCCUAGGAGGUGAUUUCCAACCAUCUGCCCGGACAAUAAAGGAUUUCGCGUGGGUCAGCAAGGCAGAGAUCCCAGAGUAUGUGGACCUUUCGGCCAUCCCUGAUGGACCCAAGCUCUUCCAGACGCUGCUCAUGGACGACUCACAGCAGCUGCCCCUCGAGGAUCUUCGCGGCCCUCUCGAUCGCCCGUGCUGCCCGGAAGAUCUCAUGCUGCACCGCCUUCCACUCCUCCCCAUCCUCGUUAUUGUCACUCCCCCUCACAGCACCACCUGCCCCAGCCUCGGGAUUUUCCUUUUUGGAGGCGCUGCUACUGAUGACAUCAGCGAUGGCAUCGCGGAUCCCGGGGAAUGGAACCCCCGCUCCGCCAGAAAGAGGCGCUCGUUCACCGCGUCAAACGCCUUGGAGGACGGGCAGUUGGCGCUGCCUUCCUCCAUGGGGCAUCCCCUCCCCCUCGUGCACCUGCACGCGCUGCUGCUGGAUGCUGCAAUGCGCUGUGGUGGUGGGAGGGGGGAGGGGAAGAGGGGGGAGAGAGGAUGGAAAGGGUGUGGGAGACGAGCAGUUGGCGCUGCCUUCCUCCAUGGGGCAUCCCCUCCCCCUCCAUGGGGCAUCCCCUCCCCCUCCAUGGCGCAUCCCCUCCCCCUCCAUGGGGCAUCCCCUCCCCCUCCAUGGGGCAUCCCCUCCCCCUCCAUGGGGCAUCCCCUCCCCCUCCAUGGGGCAUCCCCUCCCCCUCCAUGGGGCAUCCCCUCCCCCUCCAUGGGGCAUCCCCUCCCCCUCCAUGGGGCAUCCCCUCCCCCUCCAUGGGGCAUCCCCUCCCCCUCCAUGGGGCAUCCCCUCCCCCUCCAUGGGGCAUCCCCUCCCCCUCCAUGGGGCAUCCCCUCCCCCUCCAUGGGGCAUCCCCUCCCCCUCCAUGGGGCAUCCCCUCCCCCUCCAUGGGGCAUCCCCUCCCCCUCCAUGGGGCAUCCCCUCCCCCUCCAUGGGGCAUCCCCUCCCCCUCCAUGGGGCAUCCCCUCCCCCUCCAUGGGGCAUCCCCUCCCCCUCCUGGGGCAUCCCCUCCCCCUCCAUGGGGCAUCCCCUCCCCCUCCAUGGGGCAUCCCCUCCCCCUCCAUGGGGCAUCCCCUCCCCCUCCAUGGGGCAUCCCCUCCCCCUCCAUGGGGCAUCCCCUCCCCCUCCAUGGGGCAUCCCCUCCCCCUCCAUGGGGCAUCCCCUCCCCCUCCAUGGGGCAUCCCCUCCCCCUCCAUGGGGCAUCCCCUCCCCCUCCAUGGGGCAUCCCCUCCCCCUCCAUGGGGCAUCCCCUCCCCCUCCUGGGGCAUCCCCUCCCCCUCCAUGGGGCAUCCCCUCCCCCUCCAUGGGGCAUCCCCUCCCCCUCGUGCACCUGCACGCGCUGCUGCUGGCCGCUGCGAUGUGCUGUGGUGGUGGGAGGGGUGGCGGGGUGGGAGGGUGUGGGAUGGGGGCGAAUGGCCUCAGUUUGUGCCUUCCUCAGAUGCGCCCUCCAUGGGGCAUCCCCUCCCCCUCGUGCACCUGCAUGCGCUGCUGCUGGAUGCUGCAAUGCGCUGUGGUGGUGGGAGGGGUGCGUGGGAUUCGGGGGGUGUGAGAUGGGGCUGA